CUAGAUGUCCGUUCGAUCAGCUGACAGAAAUUCGUGUUCCGAGUUCGACACGGUGUCGCGAAAAUGCUUUAUACCGGAAUUUUUAUCUUUUGUUUGGUGACAGGAACAAACUACGUAGACGCAGGUUCGCCGAGGAUCGUGAUCGUCGGCGCUGGUGCUUCGGGUAUCGCGGCUGCAUCGAAGCUACUCCAAAACGGUUUCGAAGAUGUUCUGAUUUUGGAAGCCGAGGACAGAAUCGGCGGACGAGUGCACACAGUUAAGUUUGACGAAUACAGUGUCGAUUUAGGUGCGCAAUGGAUUCAUGGAGAGGAAGGAAACGUCGUGUAUCAACUAGCAGCUCCUUUGAAUAUCACCGAUCACUCGGAUCCCUUUUAUUACGAAAUGUUUACCUCGUCCGGCGAGUUAAUCGACCCGACAAUUACGAAAAACAUUUCGGAUUUUUAUUUCCAAUUAAUGGAGUCAAAGAAUUCUUUAAAGAACUGCAAUGGCUCUGUUGGCGAAUGCUACGAAAUCAAGUUGAAAGAGUAUUUUGCACUGUUCCCGGAAUUAAACGAAACGAUGCAAGAACAGUUACUGUGGUACUUGGACCAGAUGCAGAUGAGCUUCGAUGCCGCAGAUUCCUGGUACGAUUUAUCACCAGAAGAGGAUGCGUAUAUGACAUGCCCGGGUGACAACGCGAUUAAUUGGAAGGAACGCGGCUACAGCAUCAUCUUAGAUAUAUUAAUGAAAAAAUUCCCAAAUCCAGAAGAAGAGUUGCCCGUGUUAAAUAAAACGAUUCUCAAAGCUGAGGUGACAAAAGUCGACUAUUCGAACCAAGACGGUAUCGUAAAAAUAACCACGCUCGAUAAUAAGGAAUACGUAGCCGAUCACGUAAUCAUGACACCAUCUUUAGGGGUGCUCAAGGCACAGUACGAAACUAUCUUCACCCCUCGAUUGCCAGAGUCAAAGAUCAGAAACAUCAAGGGUCUAGGGUUUGGGAACGCUGAUAAAAUAAUCUUGGCAUUCAACGAUACUUGGUACAAUAAUAGAGGAAUGAAGAGCAAGAUGUUCAGCCUUUUGUGGAAUGAAACGGAAAGGAAGGAGCUCGAUGCCAAUAUAAAAACAAAGUGGUUACCACACGUACUAGGAAUUGCCAUCGUUGAACAUAAGCCUCGCUUGCUGCUUUUAUGGAUUUCCGGAAGAGGUGCGCGUUUAAUGGAUGACCUCACAGACGACGAGGUCCUGAAUCAAACUAUCGACAUUUUACAACAUUUCCUAGGAAAAAAAUACAACGUUACUAGACCUAUAGCAAUGAUAAGAAGUAAAUGGCAUCAAAACAAACAUUUUCGUGGCACGUAUAGCUACCGAUCCAUAGAAACUCAGAGAACGAAUUCGAGCGCGAAACAGUUAGCCGAACCGAUUAUAACAAUGGAUAAACCGGUGAUUCUGUUUGCCGGAGAAGCUACUAACGAACAUCAUUUCUCUACGGUACACGGCGCAAUCGGUUCUGGAUGGAGAGAGGCCGAGAGACUGAUGAAUCUAUAUAGCAAAAACAUAACAAAAUAGCAUUAUUUACCUAGACAGAUGCUAGAUACGAUCGACUAGAUCAAUAUUUAAACUCGAUCGGAAUUAUAUAAAUGAGUUUCUUCGGUAUCAUAUAUAUCAAA